ACAGGGACUACAAUGGCGGAAAUAAGGGGUGCCUUUGGGGUAUAAUUAAGGAUUACUGGGUCUAGAUCUAACUUUUUCUACAAAACCCAGUCAUUGUGCAAGUUUGGAUUCCGAUAUAACUGAUUGAGAUUUUAACUACCAUGAAGCUGUCGCCUCGAGUUUUGCCUGGUGCUCUUCAUAGUCAUAACAGAGGAGCUUGUGAUUGGUAAGUCUGCUGGCCUGGUUUUUUCCUCCAUUGAAAAAUUUGAACAAAUUGAGCCCAUUAUUCAAAAUCAAUCGCACACAGUGACGUUCCUCGUAACUUUUGUAUAAAGAAACACUCGAAGCUCGAGUAUUGGUAUGUAAAUCUGUGAUGUCGAAAAAGAUGGACGAGGGACCAAUUUCUUUAUUAUAAUUGUUUCCUCUUAACAGUGUUUGCUUCCUAUCCCAUUAGAUUCAUAUAACAAUCUUGUGUUGUCUAUGACAGUAUGAUGAAAAAAGGAAACUGCAAGCAAUUAAAGAUAGACCCCUUUCCAAUAUCUCGACUGAAAUUUCCCCUAUUGACUUUGCAUAUUAUUUUGUUGGCUAGUUCUGAUAAUGCGUCAUUUCAUCAAAUACAUUUGAAGAAUUUGUUGUUUUUUUUUGUUUGGUUUAUAAGGGGACGACAGUCACUGAUUGCCUAUGGUUGUCAAAACUUUGUAGUUGUCUUUGAUCCCAAAUCAGUUCAGGUGAGGAUAAUCAGUUUAUCUUCUAAUCGUUUUAUUUCAGAUCUGUGGCUUGAAAACUAAUUUCUGUAUUUAAAUUGUCUAAUAUUCUCGUCACUUUUUUCUUUCUUGACAGGUUAUUCAAGUGCUAACCUUGCACACUGCCCCUUGCACAAAGGUAGGUAAAUUUAGAUCUCUAGGACUAUCUAAUUCUCCUGAUUCAUGUUUUCAUUGUUUAUUAAAAUUGUUUUAUUUAUAAAGAUGUUUUUAAUUUCCCCACAUUCAUUCUUAGGUGAAAUGGGCACGUGAUAAUUACCAUCAUGACAGUAAUUCUCCAUAUAUACUUCGUCUUGCAUCUGGAGAUACAUCUGGUAACGUCAUUGUCUGGGACAUUUCUCAAGGGACUGCAGUGACUGAGUUCUCAGAUGGAAACAGGCCAAUUCUUGAUCUAGAAUGGCUUGCAACUCAAGAUGCCUGUCAUGAUCUUUUAGCAGUUCUCCAUGCUCCAUCAUCAAUGAUCCUUUGGAAUGCUGAUACUGGCACAAAAUUGUGGAAAAAGACUUUUCAAGAAGCUCUGCUCUGCUUUGCUUUUGAUCCUUUUAUACCUUCAAAUGUAACCUGUAAGUUGAAAUUUUAUCUUUAAAAAGUGCAUACUACAUUGAAAAUAUGGGUUAGACUUUACAAAUGGUAUCUUAACCCACUGAUAAGGCUAUGUCACAAUUUAUUACAACAUCUGAGCCCAGUGGAUUGCUCUUUUACUCUCCUUGAAAGAAUCCAUAGGUAGAAGCAGGAGGAAAGUGAAAAAAAGCAAUCAAGGAUUACUAGUGGGAGAAUUCUGGAAAGCAGCCAGAAAAUAUUUUUGAGUGAUCACUGAUAUCUUGCAAACACUUUGAAUCAGUUAAACUGUAAUUAGUUCAAUCUAUAAAAAUAUAAAAAAGCAGUAUUUCUGAGUUUAUGAAACACAUUUGUUGGACAUAUUCAGGAAGAUUUUUUUCCUAAAACUCAUCCAAGAAAAAGGUACUAAGUUGCAUUCCUUUGCCUUAACCUUGUUAAGUGAUGUGUCAGGACUGGAUUCUCUUCAUCAAUGACUUCUCCAUCGGCAAAGCCCCAGAAAGCAAUGGGCGUAAGUUUUACCUUACAAGCUCUGGCUCUGCAUCACCCAGUGGCGGUUUUGUUGGCUCACCAACUGCUGGCCCAGACAGCAAGAAUGCAACCAAACAAUCCACACCCAAGUCUGCUCUCUCUAGGAUGAGGCUAUGGGGAGGAGGUGAAUCAAAAAACAGGUAGAAUUUAUAUGUUUCAUCUUCUUUAUCCAUGGGAGUGUUUCACCAAACAUGUCAAGUUGUAUUUAACCAAAGGGGCCCUCAGGUACCUUUCCUAGUGGGAAAGAAAGUUUACAGUUCCUAAACCCUACCCCCUACUCUUUCUCUUCCCUGUAUGAUUGCUAGACUCCACAAGAAUUUUUUUUCCAAUUUGCAUUUUUUCACAUUUACAAAAACUCUGUUAGAGAUUGUAAGAGUAUGUCCUAUAUCAGUUAUGGUUUCAGCCUUUAAGUAAAUUAAUUCAUUUUUAGUAGAUUUGCAAACAAGAGAAUAAUUGAAACUGGAACUAAUUUCUGGGGAUAAUGCAUUUGGUAAAAAUGUCUUUUGGAUUAUAAAAACUCUGUUUCCUAUUGCUUUCCUGUUUUAGAGGUGGAGAAGAAAGUGUGGCUCUGAGUGACUGUCUUCAGCUUGCAUACCUUCCAUCUGCUCAUCAUCAUCUUUUAGCAUUGUUUCCAAGGGAAGUAAUGAUUUUAGACAUGGAAAUCAACCAGGCAGUUUGCUCAUUCAGUCUGGAGAGAAACAGCCCUUCUUUUCUUCAGGUCAUCCCUUGUCAACAACGUGAUGUUCUAAUGUGUUUACAUGAGAAUGGCAGUGUGAUCAUGCGAAUGCGUAGAAGAGUAGAGAACAAUCCUUACUUCACUGAACCUGAUGAAAGGAGUAAUGAUGUAAAUUCAUCUGUGGAUAUAAUCUAUGAGAACAAAUGCCAGUCAGAUCCGCUGCGUCUCAGCAAAUCAAGCCGACUCUUUGGCUUCAUGUGCUGUCCAUCAAGUGAACGGAAAGUUGCCCUUUUGAUUAGUGAUGGAAGAAUGAUUAUUUGGGAAUUAAAGGCUAAAAGGCUUCAAGGAGAAGCAUCAGUCUUGUCACAGGAAGCUUUGAAAGCUUCACUACCAUGCAACACAGACUCUGAACGCCUGCAGUGUCAUGUCAAUCCUAAUUUGACACUUUCUGAUGUGAUUCCUCCACCUCUUACCUCUGGAAAUGUCAUUCAAAAUUCUGUUCAUUACAAGUUUGUCAUGGUAACCCUUUCCAGCUCAGUAUCAUCUCCUCCAACUUGUGCUGUCAUGUGUCCGCCCUUGACUACUAAGAAUUGGGGGAGUUACAAGCCUUUGUUAGCAGUUGGUAAGAGACUUCAUUACAUGUCAUAUUGUAGAGUUUUGCUACAACUUUGUUUGGUUAAUAUAUAGAACAUACUCAAUACAACAAUUUCUAAAAAGAUUACUAAUUGUCUUUUUGUACAGGAAACACCCAAGGUUGUAUUCAAGUUUUCAAUCUGGGUACUGGCUUACUUGCAAGAGAAUAUACGAUUCACACUGGAGCAGUGAAGUAAGACAAUUUACCUACUUCGAGAAAAAUUCAGUUUGAAAAAUACACCGAAAAAGCUAACUGUUGUGAUAAAUUUUUUUUAGGAGUGUUAAGUGAUGUCUUAGUUUUAAACAAGUCUACUGCUGUAGUUCCUAGGAAAUUACACAAGCUCAGUGGGAAUUACUGAUUAACCCUCUGACUCUCCAGACUGGAUGCUAUCUAAUUUUUACCAACAGUAUCACUGCUGAAUCAAACACAAAAGUUGUGCAAAUUUAGGAAGUGAUCAUCACCCUAAGAAACUCUAUAUUAUAAAACAAAUUCUUCUCGUCAAAACCUUAGGAAAUGUUGAGAACAAUGUGGAAAGUAAUAUGCAUGCUAAUGUGAGGGUGUCAAGGAUUAAUGUAUAGGGAAUUUUUUAUUAAAAUAAUAAAAGAUGUUUGUUGUUUCCAUUACAGAGGCAUUACAUGGAGUAGUUUGGAGAGCUUUUUCUCCUGGGCCCAGGCCUCAGGGAGCACAUCCAAAAAUGAGCUUCAACUGGUCAGCAUAAAAACUGGUAGGAUGUCAAUAUACUUGAGUGUUCUAGGAAUGUGCUUCUGAACUAUAUUUUGCUUGACCAAGAAGAUUUUUAUUUCCACAUAUCAAUUAUAAGUGUUGUUGUUUAUUGUUGAAAAAAUAAUAGGUCAAACAACACCUAUUGAACUUGGUAAAGCAGCACAGGAAUCAACUGUUGAGGCUCUCAAGGUUUCUCAACUCAGGUAAUAAUUACUUUCAAUUUUGUAUGAGUGUUAAAAACAGACUCACUGCCACGGGGACCCCAGUCUGAACUGCAGCUCCUAAUUGAAUCCUUUUUCCUAUUUUACAAAUUUUUAAGUUUUAUUAGAUUAUUUGCCUUUUAUUUUGCAGGCAAUAUUUUCUUGUUGUGAUUAAGGACAGACCACUGCAAUUAUGGGAUUUAAAAAAUCUCACAGUACUCAGAGAGAUGCCAUCAAACUUUCCAUCAGUCACAGCUUUGGUAUGUGUGGUAUAGUAGGCAACCAUUCAAAUGAAAGCUUUGAAAGAGUCAUUAUUUUUCAUUAUCAUUACAGUGUAGAGUAGAUAUAUAAGUAUGCAUUUCAUUAAAACUGAGUGAUGUUGUUUUCAAUAGUUAAUUAUAAUUUAAUUGUCCUUAACUCUCCAGGAAUGGUCACCAUCUCUUCACUCCAAGCACUUGAAGAAAAAACUGAGUCAGCAGUUAGAGCAGAAUGCUUCUGGCAUUGCAGCAAAUGUUUUGGAUCCAAGCAGGGCAAACCAAACACAGACACAGGUGAAAAUACUCCCUUCAACAACUCCUCCCUUGUCCUUUGAAUUACAGGAAAAAAUUUUUUAGUCUACGAGCAGGCCCCCCCUUAAUUAAGCACUAGAGCUCUAACUUCUCUUCACCCCCAGGCCCUGAAUAAUGUGAGUAGAGAAAAGGUCUGCUAAGGGUCUAGACUCUUGGCAAACCUCUUCCCAACCUCCCCCCAGAUAAUCCAGCCGGCAGAGAAAGGCAAGUCCUUCUACACUAAUAAAGACACCUUGUUCACUGGUUUCUUUGCAAUGGAUAAUCUUUCCUAAUUAAUUCAAGUGUAGAAUCUUGGACUAAUCUGCUAGGUUUUUAUUUUCACGCAAAACAUCUUGACUAUAUACAUAUUAUGUGUUCCAUCAAAUCUCAGUGCAGUCUUAGAAAGCAUACUGUUACAAAUUACAAUCAGUAACACCAAGGAGUGUUUUUUCUGUCUUUUGGUUCACCAGAAGAACUUACUGCUCAUAAAAACAUGUUUUUUGUUCAAUGUUCUUUUUUUCCUCAGUCCUGGAUUAAAGAGCACUUUGUGUGUGUGGAUCAAGACAGAGUGUUGUAUCAUUUCCUUGUAGAGGGAACAGUGAUCAAAGACGGCUCCAAAGUUCAGUGUGAUGUAUGUUACUCAAUAAUUUAUGGUCAAACUUUUAGGUUGCAAUAAAGUUAUUUUGUCUUGUCAUGACAAUACUCCUGUGUUACUGUUCGGGAGGAAACAUAAGGAACAGGUGGCAGAAGGUAUGGCAAAUUUCCCCCCCCCCCUCCCUCUUAAUAUUUAGAACUUAUUCAGUGAAACCUCUCUGACUGUUAUUGUUGAGUUCAUUUUUUGUUUUAAACACUGAAAAUUGUUUCUCCCACCUUUCCACAGAGUACCCUUGGAAUUGUAACUUAUGUUGCUUGGAAAGGUGACUAUUUGGUGCUGAGUGAUGUGGAUGGCAAUUUAAGUAUUUGGGAAUUAAAGGCAAGAGUAACCAGGUAAAAACAUUAGUUCUGUAAGUCUGAAAAAAAAUAUAAAAUAAAAAACAAGCUAAAACAGGAUUAAUUAGUGGGAAAUGGAAGUUUGUUUUUUUUUCAGUUUUUCAGUCAUUUUUUUUCCUAACCAUUUUGAUCUCUGUUUUUACAUUACAAGAUCUAUUGCAACGCACAGAGGACACAUAAAGAAAAUAAAGUUUGCUCCUGGGCGGGGUAACUUCAAACUUGGUGUGCUCUUUAGUGAUGGAGUUGAUAUUUGGGACCUACAAAAGGUAAUUUAUGUUUUUUUGCCAGCACAUUGUAAAUAAUAUAGAUCUACUCAGAAACAUGUUCCUUAGAAUGGCAUUUUUAUAGCUUUCCAUCACCUUACGCAGUUAACGUCAACAAUAUGCAAGUAUUGGGAAUCAUUUUUUGCAUUAUGUAGUGAAUUCAAGAUUUGUGACAUUUUGUUGGAAUACAAAAUUAAACUGUAAUAACUAUGUUUUUUUUCAUCUUAAGUUUGAGAUCUUCAGUAGCUAUAAGCUGCCAAAGGAAUCUCCCCCACUUAUUGACUUGGACUGGUUGGCAUCAGACCUACCCAUAACCACCCACACUAAUGGAGCUAUCUUUGUGAUGACCAUGGAUUUAAAUAACUCCACCUCAUCUAUGGCUCAGAUGGAUCUUGAUGGUAUGUACCUGUGUUUGACCCCUCCCACUGCAACAUAUUUUGUGUGUAAACUGUGAUCUGUUCAAUGAUUGGCUUUGCUGUGUUGUUAUUAAGGUCCUUUAUGGUGUCCUCACAUCAUGGAGCCAAAAUCAAGUCUCAUUCUGAAGUCCAUUUUACAGCACUCACUUGGAAGGGACAGAUACUCACUUACGGAUAUCUCAGACUUGUAAGGCUCAGAUUUAUUUGUUUUGCUAUGUGUAGAGGUAGUGUUUGUAGAACGUAUCCUAGUUUGGAGAAAGAUGUUUUUCGUCUUUUCUCGAGCGUAGGACAAAGAAAAAAUUGAGUCCCCAUGAGGAAUCGAACCUCAGACCUUCGGAUUUUCACGCUCCGAUGCUCUACCACUGAGCCACAGAUACUCUACGGUGAGCGAGGCCUAUUAAGAAGUUCACAUGACACGCGGCCUGCAUACUAAGAUUAGCAAUGUCGAUAGCGUCAUUUUUGUGUAUAGAAUGAAAGAGAUGGUAAGUUUUGAGCUCGGUAAAGUAGUAGAGCAUCGGAGCACGGAAAUCCGAAGGUCUAAGGUUUGAUUCCACAUGGAGACUCAGAAUUUUUUCUUUGUCCCACGCUCGUGACAAGACGAAAAACAUGUUUCUCUAUUCCUUUACCAAGCUCAAAACUUACUAUCUCUAUUAUUCUACAUCCCACUUCAGUUUAUACUUAAACACUGGAUAGUGUUGAAGGUGCGUUUUGAUUGGCUACUAAAACUCUGAAUAUCCUUUGUUAUUCACCUCCGAGCGAUGCGCGCAGGAUUUGAUCCCGAAAAUUGGCAAUCGUUGAGGAAAUAAAUGAGUUAAAGUCAUCUUUUUGUGCUAUGUUAUCUCACUGUUUUAAGUUUUGUGGCUCGGUAAAUAUCCACCACUAACCACCUCCACUUCGGUUUCUAGUUGUUAAUUGAUACUGAGCUGUACUUUCCAUUACAAGGAGUAAAUUAUUAAAAUAUAAAUUUUGAGGGUUUUUUAAUGUUAUUGGUGAUAAACACAAAAAGGAGCACAAAUCAGGAAAGCACAAACGGUGAAAAAUUCCUCUCAAUUGUUGGGUAGAAAGUAAAGCUUUUCCUGUUGUCAGUUCUAUUGCUAAAGUCUCUCAACAUCUUUGUAUUUACUUUGUGUUCUUUACUCGGUUUAGGGAAAUCAAGAAAGAGGAAUCUGUCAGUGCAAUUCAAGAUCAACUAAAAAUGAUUCCAUUGUGAGUACAAGAAUGUUUUUGUCUUUGGGAGGAAAUUGCACUUCACGGCCUGUUCUCAUGAGAUUCCUGAGAAAAGUUCACAACUGUUGCUACCCGAUGACUGCAUUCUUUCCCAUACAGAACAUAUAACAGACGAUAAAGCUGAAACUCUGGUAAUAGGAAAUUUCUUUUUUUUUUUGUACAGGGCCAUUGAAAAUCUGCUCCAGAAUUCGACUCUAGGGACUGCACAGAAGUGCUACCUUGCUGCUUUGUAAGUUCAGUCUCAUAAAAAAGCUUUGGGUCAGAUUCAAUCCUUCAAUCAAGUUAGUAUGUUCUGUUUUACAACACUCUUUGGUUUGCGCCAUUUGAUAUACGGAUUACUUCGGCUGUUAAAUCUGUAGUCAUCAGUGAAUUAACAAGGAGAGCUAUUCUCUGAACGUUAUUAGCUUUACUGCCAAGAGUUAGUUUCAAAUCUCGUUUGCGCGUGAAUUGCGGCUGGACUUAAGUCUCUCCUUAUAAUUUAUCAUUUUAGUUUAUUUGGAGAUGAAUCCGAAACAGCCUUUUGGGAAGUUGCUCUUCACUUCCUCAGACGAGAAAAAGCCAGGUUGUUGUGUGCAAAGCAUCAGGUACGUGUUAAUUUAACUAAUAAUAACAUUAUCCUCAGCAGAAAAAAACUACUUAGGUUGUGUAACAGUCAGGAGGGAGGUUAGUCUUACGAGUUUAGUGGUACAUAGGUGCUGAUCCAUAACCUGACUCGACUUUCUGACUACUCCUCCUGGUUGAGAGAAUAGUUUAUCGCCGGUAUCUCCCCCACCCCACCCCGCUGGUAUCUCCCCCACCCCACCUCGCCUCCCGAUCUACCUCUAUCGCUCAAACCCAGACACCUCGAAUCCAAAUUAUAAUGCACUUACCGUGUCUGCCUUCAUAAGAGGACUGGCCGCGCUUAAAAACGUCCUUAUGAGUUCACAGUUGUUGAUUUUUGUUUACCUUGCAGAGUGACCAUCAGCCCUUGUACAAUCGUGCACGAUCAUACUCAGCUGAUCUCUUCAACCCGUCAGAGGCUACAGCUAAGCUGAAGCGGAGCUUUAGUGCUAGGAGCCUGGACUUACUGUCAAUCGACGAUGACCUAGACUUGUGUGGCCAAGAGGAGACUGGUACGAAUGGAAGCGAAACCUGUUGCUGCUACCCAGUCUCCCUCGACACUUGUUAUGACAUCCUUAGUGACACUGAUGCAUUCCAGGUGAGUCGACUCUUUAGUAAGUAAAUAAACAAUGUGCUUCCUUACACCUGUUCCAACAAGGCUGUAACUCUACUCCUUUCCCCUCUACUUACUGGAAAACCACGGUCACUCAUGGGGCCUGCAGUCAAUCAGCCCACACCAACCACCUUCCAGAACGACCAGUUCAAAAGGAAAGGCUUGUUUCUGUGUUUUGUAAAAAUUUCACUAGAGUGGUUUUAAAUCAUGAAAGAUAUUGUUUGGAUUCUAGUGGCCAAAUUUAAGAAAUCAACAACAAAGAAAAGCGCUGCAUUUUCCGUAUCGGAAAAAAACAGGAAGACUUUUUGGGAAGUUUAAACAAUCAUAGGCGUCGUCUAGUUGUACAGAAAAAUCCUUAAAAUUCUUCCGAGUAUUUCUUUAGUGACUCUGUUUGGAAAGAGGAGUACGCAAAGUCACGUAGUACUUCUCUUCACUUAAGGUAUGGCUUUUCCUCAAUCGGUGGACAAGAGUUUGUAAUGAUUCAGUUUUUUAACCAUUGCAUCUUUUGAUCUUUUCUUAGAGGAGUCAGUUGGACCGACUCGCUCUACAUGACAGCAAACGAUCCACAUAUGAACAUACGAAAAAAUGUGCCGAUACUCUGGUGCUCUUGGGACAAGUACGAACACAGUUUGACUUGAUUUAUUUUGUAUACUCAUCAAACUAUGUUUUUGUUGAUGAAAAUGGCAAGUAAAGCUUGAUCUAUAGAUUGUUACAGUUUCAAUUUCGAUAAAGUAUGGUAAAUUCAGUUCUUCUUUACAGCUCAGUUCUCCCCCUUUGUACGUGAAAAAAAAACAACCAUAUUCUGUAAGGUCCAUUUCCUGUAGUUCGCUUUGUAAUAGGCAAGCCUUGAACGUUUGGGCUGUGGUCAGCCCCAAGAGAUUUUCGCCAGGAAGGAGGGCUUAAUGAUACAAUUAUUGCCUUAACUUCGCUACAUUAUUUUUUUUAUUUAUUUACUUUUUACACGAUUUUGUUACAGGCAGACAGAGCAGUGCAGUUGUUCCUCGAGACAGAUUCCGCCAAUGAUAACUAUUAUGUGGACUCUCUAAGGUAUUCUUGAACAUCAAUUUUUUGCUCAAUAAAUUUACUUGGUAGCAAAAUUUGACUCGGGGACUGAGUUCGGUGAUAGUGCAUUUAUCUGUCGCAAGUUCUCUGAAUUUGCGUUAGUUUUGAUGUACUUCGCUCUGAUUGGUCAAGAAAACUCGCGCCACCUUCUCAGCCAAUGAGAUGCAAAAUUUAAACCAAUCACGACAAUUAAGUCUAGCGUUUUUCCGCGCUUUAGGCCUUUUACAUACAUUUCCUUUGAGUUCUGAUUGGUUCAUCGUGUUACCAUAGUUCUGAUUGGCCUUUGUGACCACUUUGAAUUUGUUUCACGGCAUUUGAUCAAAAGGUUCACUGAAAAGAAAAAGAAAAAACGAAAACGAAACAAGAUGUUGAAGUGAUUAGCUUUUUGUGGCCUCUUCCAGUGUCUUAAGGAUGGACUAAAAUAUUUCUCAAUAGGAGCGUCCUCCCUACGCUAUUAUUCCCUUUUAUUACCUCUCAUCCUUUUCCUCCAUAGGGCCUGUCUUGUGGCCACGAUUCGUUCGUCGGGUGCUUCACAGAGCACCAUCAAACUUGUGGCCACAAAUCUCAUCGCUAGUGGUAAACUUGCAGGUGAGCAUUAUCGUGGCAAUUAACGGGCAUGUGCAACGUAGCUGCCGAUAUUGAGCGGGUUCAUAAUGAAUCUUUUUUUUGUUAUUAUGUACAGAGGGAGUUCAGCUCCUCUGUUUGAUUGACAAGGGACUGGAUGCCUGCCGUUAUCUUCAGACAUAUGGCGAAUGGGAUAGGGCUGCGUGGCUAGCAAAGGUAAUAUCUUCGCCCUCUGAACAAUUUCUUGUACUCCUCCAGUGUUUCUCUGUUAAGUCGCCACUUUUCCUUUCUUGGGAAACCGCAAAAUAGGGCAUAUUUAAUCAGUGUCGAUUGCAGCCUGGGAUUCCACUGGUCUUGCGUUACUACAUCUGGGAAGCGCGCGCCAUCCUCUCAACCAAAAUGCGAAAAUGUUUGUUAUUUAUAUCGUAAUAACCUUUACUGUAAGGUGAGUUAUAAAAUUAGUAAGAUUUAGGUAUCGAUACCUCUCUUACGCAUAUAUGUUGUUCGUAUAAGGGCACCAUGCAGUUGACUGUCGAAAAAUUGGAUAAUCAUAAAAAAGGAUAACAUCAACAUUAGCCAAGGAAAAUUCAUAGUAAAAACGGACAAACUAACAAAAGCGCGGGAAAACGCGGGUGACCAAACCACGUUUGGUCCUCCUUUUACGUUUGAUUAGUUAAGAGGAUGGCGCCAGUUUCUGGACCAAACACAGAGCGAGGUGAAGCAAAGACAAAGUAAUCCCGGAUUACUUUCGCGAUUUCAGCAAAUAAUCGAUUAGCACUGCAGUUUUUUUUUGUUUUCGAUUUUUUGGGUUUUUUUUUUGUUUUGGUUUGGUUUUUUUGUUUUUCAAUCAAGGUCCCAUUGUGCUUGUUAUUGCAGGCAACUCUGAGCUAUCCAGACUGUGCAGAGGUGGUUAGAAGAUGGAUUGAACAUCUCUCCAGUACACACACCAGUCAACAGGUCAGGAUAGAACAAAGAAAAUCACAACAAAUACUAAAUUAGCGACACCCGUAAAUAUCAUUGACAAACUAGUUAUUUUCCUCUCGCAUGCAAACAGCCUAAAAAUGGUACAUGACGAAUCAAAAUGAGAGCGAUCAUACGAUAUUUCCCAGUUUGCGACAUGUUUAGGCCAAUAGUGUAAGGAAAGAUAUUUACAUGUUUUACCCGUUGUAUUUUACAAUUAUUUUUUUGGAACUUUUUUCCAUUGUAACCGUAAUCUUUUCCCUAAAGAAGUAGCUUUACUUUGUAGAACUUAUUGCAAAGAACAGUCUCUGGUGCCUCUGAGAAAUUGUCUCUAAUAAACUGUUCAUGGACAAAUUUUUGCAAGGGCAAGUUUGCUAUUUGUUUUAAACAAAGUUUCUGUUGAUACCCUUUCUCUAACAGAGCAAAGCUGUUUUGGUGCUACUGUCCUUGGGAAAGUUCUACAAGGCGCUUGAUAUGCUCUACAGGUAUGAACAAGAACUGAAAGUUUUACUCCAGAGUUUUUGAAGUAUUUAAUAGUCAUCAAAAUUACAUUUUUGUUCAUUUUCAGCAUGCGUUACUUUGACCGAGCAGCAAUGUUUGCUGAAGCCUGCCAAGAAUACGGCUUUCUUUCGCCAUCAGACGAAAAGAACAGUAUCCUCUUGAAAUAUGUUGUUGUUCGAGGGAGCGCUCUCAAAAAAAGGGUUUGAUUACAUAAUUCGACGAUGUUUUAGCGCUCGCUAGGAUUAAUGUGUUCUGGCCUUUUGAGAGUAACUCUUCUGCAAAAGUACUCGGGAAGGCUACAAAACGGAAUUGCAGGGGGGUGGGGUAAGGGCUGAUUACCUGGGAUUAACUAGCGUCGCAACCAGGUGGAGAACGGAUACUUAUGGUAAUUUAUGCCACGGUAAUCGAUAUAAACUCUGCUGUUUAUGCAUGAGGGAAAAGGUUUGGAAAAUAGGUUGUGAAGACUUGAGGUAGCCGUUCUGUCUCCUGUAGGUCUCGCUUAAGGCGUGAGACAUGUUAAAACAAAAUCUUACUGUUUAGAAUAUGUCCUUAACACAUUGAUAUCAGCUGCCCUGGUACACGCAGUCUAUACGGAAUAUGCUCGAUAUCUCCAUGGUCUUGGACUUGAAAAACCAGCUUAUUUCUUUGCCAGUAAAGCUGGACCAAAAGCACGACAACUUCUGGAUGGACUGUAGAAAUACAAACCUCAAAAUGACGUAAAAUGAAGAAUUGAUUCAUAUGUUUAAUAAAGUCACUCGACAUUUUUGUAUUUUGUCAAAGGUUACUGGAUACAAACAGCAGAUAAUCAAUGCCUUUCACGAAUGAGAAGAAUGUAUUAAGAACACACGAAAAUUAUGCGUUUUACCGUUUUCAGAUGAUGAGUAUUAAAAGAAGAAACAAAAGUCGUAGUUAGUCGUACGGUUUUUCUCAUUACUAACCAGAUAUUGGGAGCCACAAGCAAGCAUUUCCGUGAAUAAAUAUUGGCUAAACGUCCGAGAUAAAUUUUGCAAUUCUCAGAAGAUAAACGUCUGUAUCCUAAAGAAGGCGAGUCACUUAUUCUAAAGGUAUUCAAGCAUUUUACAAUCGGCAAUGCUUACAAGGCUGGAAAUAGAACAAAGAACAAUCUCGCGCUCUCGACGGAAAUCAACGAGUUUAAUCACACUGUACUAUGUAUUAACAGUAAUGACAUGUAAUUACAGUCACCUAGAUAAAGUGAGUUACAGGGAAACCGGGG